UGUCCAAUGCUUGUUUGUACGAAUCCUUGGGAAUGUCCACGUUGUGGUCGAAAGUACAGUAGUGAAGACUAUCUAAAUGUUCACAUGAAAAAUGAAUGCGGAAAAAAUCCACCAUUAAAACGACAUGUGAGGGUUCAGACAGGAGAGAAACCUUAUCAUUGCAAACAUUGUGGUAAAACAUUUUGACAGCUUUCUAAAUUGAAUAAACAUGUUAGGAUACAUACUGGAGACAAACCUUACCAAUGUGAAAAUUGUGGUAAAAGAUUUACACAGCUUGGUACCUUAAAAUGUCAUUGUAUGAUACAUACAGGAGAGAAACCUUAUAAAUGUGAACAUUGUGGUAAAAGAUUUACACAGCUUGGUAACUUAAAACGUCAUGGUAUGAUACAUACAGGAGAGAAACCUUAUAAAUGUGAACAUUGUGGUAAAACAUUUUCACAGAAUUGUGAUUUGAAUAAACACCUUAGGAUACAUACAGGAGAGAAACCUUAUAAAUGUGAACAUUGUGGUAAAACAUUUACCCACAAUAGUGCCUUGAAUAAACACCUUAGGAUACAUACAGGAGAGAAACCUUAUCAAUGUGAACAUUGUGGUAAAACAUUUACCCACAAUAGUGCCUUGAAUAGACACGUUAGGAUACAUACAGGAGAGAAACCUUAUGAAUGUGAAGAUUGUGGUAAAACAUUUUCACAGAAUUGUGAUUUGAAUAAACACCUUAGGAUACAUACAGGAGAGAAACCUUAUAAAUGUGAACAUUGUGGUAAAACAUUUACCCACAAUAGUGCCUUGAAUAAACACCUUAGGAUACAUACAGGAGAGAAACCUUAUAAAUGUGAACAUUGUGGUAAAAGAUUUACACAGCUUGGUAACUUAAAACGUCAUGGUAUGAUACAUACAGGAGAGAAACCUUAUAAAUGUGAACAUUGUGGUAAAACAUUUUCACAGAAUUGUGAUUUGAAUAAACACCUUAGGAUACAUACAGGAGAGAAACCUUAUAAAUGUGAACAUUGUGGUAAAACAUUUACCCACAAUAGUGCCUUGAAUAAACACCUUAGGAUACAUACAGGAGAGAAACCUUAUCAAUGUGAACAUUGUGGUAAAACAUUUACCCACAAUAGUGCCUUGAAUAGACACGUUAGGAUACAUACAGGAGAGAAACCUUAUCAAUGUCAACACUGUGGUAAAACAUUUACACAGCUUUGUAACUUAAAAAGUCACGUAAUGAUACAUACUGGAGAGAAACCUUAUCAAUGUGAACAUUGUGGUAAAAGAUUUAAUAAGUCUAAUAGUUUUAAAAGACACAUGAGGAUACACACAGAAAAACCUUAUCAAUGUGAACAUUUUGGUAAAACGCUUAAUAAGAAGAGUAACUUGAAACAACACGGUUGACAAAACGGGAUCUGUCAAUACCUCGCUUGGAAUUGGUUGCUGUACACAUGGCCGUUAACUUGCUAUCGAAUGUAAAGUGUGCCAUUAGUGAAGGAGUCGUAACCUCUGUCCAUUGCUGGUUGGAUUCCACAGUAAAACUUUACUGGAUCAACCGUUGUGGGAAGUAUCGCCAAUUUACAAUUGUAAAACUGUUAAUGUACCAUGUACGCCCCAUGUAAAAUUAAAGGUAGAGCAGGAGAUAAAGCCUAAGAAAAGUGUACACGUAGUGGCUGCAGAAGUUCAACUGACCGUCUUUAUGAAAGUUGGAAUGAGUUACCCGAGAAAGAGGCUAGUUAUGCAUCCUUAUAAUUUGUGCACAGCGAUUUUCUGUUUUGUUAUGUAGAGAUUUCUAUGUUACGUCAAUCUUUUUUCCCUGUAGUAAACCGCGUUUUAAGUAACUGUAAAUUUUAUA